AGCGAAACAGACCCAGGCGUGAGAAAUGAUAAUGCCUUGCCCUUUGCCCCUCGCUCACCUUUACUCGCGUAAAGAAUGCGCACUAGUUAAUUGGUUUUAUACUCUCUUUUGAUGUUGUUGUUCUAUCAUAUUAGUCGAGUGGUGUACGCACUGAUCUGGGCAACUCACCAUGACCACGUGUACGAUUAGGGUCAUCAGUUCAUUGUAAUUUUUACGAUUACGGAGUUCUUGUUGUGUGGUCGUGUCCCACAUUCUUUUUUCGUAAAUUCUGGUUUGUGAAGGCGAAGUUACUUAUGUGGUUAUGAAGAUCCUUGUCGCCUGGUAAGUUGAAUCAUUAUCUAUCAGUGUGCGUUGGCAACUAGUCUGUGCACUGCUCGUUCUUUUCCACAAGAUCAUGAACAUACGAUAUCUUCGAUCUACUUCAGAUUCUCAUUCUUGAGCAAACAAAAUGGAGGAAAAGACUGCAUGGUUGAAGGAGCAGCGCGAGCUGCUUCAAUUGGAACAGGAUGAGGAGAAAGCGGAGACUUCAGAACUGCUCAAAUCUGCGAGGCCACUGGAACUAGCUAGUGCAGGCGUUGCACUUUUGAAGCUUUACUUGGGGUCAGGAAAUCAACUGGGGACUGGACUCUAUGGAAAGCAGACCGCAGCCUUCACCCGCUACAACUCUGAAGAUGCGCUCCCGGCUCAUCGACUCAGUUCAGGAGACAUCGUCGGAAUUUUUGACAGUAAUUCAGGAAUCAUUAGUAAUGCGUAACCGUCGUGAUGACUAAUUCCCCUCUUUACUGCCAUCACAUCAAUAUUAAGCUUUUUCUAGUCUGUUGUAAAAAUAUACCUACCUGUGCCCAAAGAACAAGACAGUACAGGUGUUUAAUCACGGUUAUCACACGAUACUUGAUUAAGCGUUCUGCCAUUCGUGGCUAGAUUGAAGAAAGCGGUGAUUUUAUCAAACAUGUUUAAUAUUCAAAAUUGUACCCUACGUGUCUUCAGAUGGUAAUCCGAUGCAUGAGCUGAAGCCUGUGGCUGAAGGCAUUGUGCACAAGGUGCGCCCCAAAGAGGUGGAGGUGAUAUUCUCGAAGAUAACAGAGGAUGGCACGUUUCCAGAACAUCAGGGUCCGUACCAAAUUGCCGGUAUUGCCUCUGACAUAACCAUGAGCCGUUACAAGUACACCCUGCAAGACUUGGAGCGCAAUUUUGCGGCGGUCGGCCGCCACAAGAUCGUGGAUCUCUGCUUUCAGCCUGGAAUCGUUCAUCGGGAUGCCGCGACCAGAAGAGAGUUUGACCUGGAACCGAAAUAUGUGGACUUUGACGUUAGCGCGGCGGGCGCGGUCAGCUCUGCAACGAUAAAGGACGCAGCUUUCGACCUCUCUGGUGCAGUGUUGGAAGAGCGGCAAGUCGGAAUCCAUUUUCGGUCGCCGGUGACAGAGAAGCUGAACGAGCCGCAGCAGGAGGCUGUGCGCAACGCUCUACGGUCACAGGACUUGCACAUCAUUCACGGACCACCAGGUACAGGCAAGACCACGACUUGCGUUGCGUUCAUCCUGGAGUGCGUGUUUCGCGGGCAACGGCUGCUUGUGAGCGCACCAAGCAAUGUGGCGGUGGACAACUUGUUACAACGCGUUGCGCAGCAUCUACCUGCCAAUCAGCUUGUGCGCAUCGGGCACCCGGUACGCGUGGACAUCGAUUUGCACAAGUUUACGCUAGAUGGGCGUGUUGCAGGGACUGAACAGGCAGCACUUUGCCGUGACAUUGAGCGCGAAAUUCGGGAGCACCUGACGGCAAUGCGCAGCGGCGGAAAGACUGCCGGGUCCAAGGCGGGAAAGGUAAGGAGUGCUGCGGGCAACGCAGCUGGUGCACGAAACGAACGGUACAAGCGACGGGAGGAAGUGUCGAAGCUUCGAAAGGAGCUCAAGAAACGUGGCGCCGAUGCUGUCAAGUCGGUUUUGCGGAGCGCCCAGGUCGUUUUCUGUACCUGUGCGGGGGCCAGCGAAGUGCGCAAACGCUUUAGCGGAUCAUCUGCCAGUCCCGAUGCGGUAGACGGCAAGGAAGCCUCCUCAGGUGCAGCGUCGGCUCGGGGUGGUGGGGAGUCGCCUUUUGGCGCACCACUUUUUGACGUUGCCCUGGUAGACGAGGCGGCUCAGACACUCGAGGUUGCGUGUUGGAUCCCGUUGUUGUGUGGUAAGCGGGGCGUUUUAGCUGGCGAUCACAACCAGCUUGCUGCAACGGUGAAGAGCCAUGAGGCCACGCGUCGGGGACUCGAUCGCACGCUUUUUGGCCGCAUGAAAGAGGCUUUUGGGGACCGCGUGAGCUCACUCUUGUCGAUCCAGUAUCGGAUGAACGAGACCAUCAUGGGUUGGAGCAGUCAGGAAUUCUACGAAGGCCGCCUCACAGCGGCAGACGACGUGCGGGCGCAGGUGCUGUUCCCUCUACAACUAAAGGAUGUUGAGGGGACUCGUGUGAACGGAUCAGAGAGAGAUCCACCGGAACACUUAGGGAAUCAGCCGUUGCUCUUUGUGGACACGGCUGGAAAUGAGCGUUGUCGAGAACAGGAGCCAGAUCUCGCCGGGGAUGGCGGCAAGAACCAGGGUAGUGCACAAGCAUCAAGCUCGUCAUCAGGCGGAAAGCGGCGCACGCGGAAUCCGCGACUGGAACAGCAUGGGCCACGUUGCAAUCCUGGCGAAGGCAAGCUACUUAUCACCUAUGUGAGAUGGUUGCGGGCUCUAUUUGCUGCAUCCCCAGAGCGUAUUAAACCAUCUAUUUGUGUGAUCACUCCCUACAACCAACAAGUGGAUCACCUACGGCUCGCCUUCGCAACGGCAGGCUUCUCGGAUAAGGACGCGGUGCCCGUGAAUACAGUCGACUCGUAUCAGGGUCGCGAAGCAGACGUCGUUUUGCUCUCCUUGGUCCGCAGCAACGUGGAAGCGGAAGUAGGGUUUCUUUCAGAUUUUCGACGACUCAACGUCGCGGUGACAAGGGCGCGAAAACAUGUGUGCAUCUUCGGGGACUCGCUUACGAUAUGCUCCGACGAAGUACUCGCGAGUUUGUAUCAGUACGCUCUGGAACGCGGAAAGGUGGUGUUUGCGAACGAGGAACUUGUGGACCGCAUCGACGCAGACUCGUGCUCUGCUGGUGCUGGAAGCGAUUUCGCAUCUAGCAAAUCCUCAGCACUGAUCCGUGACGCGGUCGCGAACCCAGGCUUAGGCAUUUUUGAGCUUGAAAAAAGUGAUUCAGCAGUAGGGCCCAGCAAACAGCAAAUGAUCCGGAACAAGCAAAGCGGGAACCAAGCAUCAACGGGAGACUUGAAUAAAGGCGUGGAUGACAAAGCUAGUAGGUUUCACCCAAGCACAAGGUCGACGACUGCCAAGGAAAAAGAUGGAGCAUCGAUGAAGGGAGGCGUCUCCGGAGCUCAGCAGCCUAUGCACAUGUCAGACGCGGAGAUUGAAAAACGCCGCGUCAAAUAUCAAGGUGUUCUGAACAAUUUUCUUACGAGUACAGUGCCGAAAACGGGCCAAAAGCACCACGACUUCCCCAAAGGGUUUAAUGCGCGUGAGCGUCUUAUUGUGCACGAGAUCUGCGAAAAGCAGGGUCUGAAGUCAGAGAGUCAGGGAGAUGGGAAAAAACGGUUUGUUCGAGUCUCUGCGCCUGAAGACCUCAUCCGCGAGUUCGAGGCAGCGUCAAGCUCAAAAGCUACGGAAGUCAAGGAAGUUGAGCAAUCUGGGGUAUCUGCAAGCUCCAAUGAUAAUUCUCAAGCUGGUGUUGAUGGUCAACAAGGGGCAUUACCAUCCACGGCCAGUCAAAGCAAUGCCGGACCUACGAAGAGUUCUUCUUCUAGCUCCAGUAGUUCGAGCAUACAUUCUGAAUCCUCUCAAGGACAAAUAACUGGUGUAGCUGAUAGCGCGAACAACGACAUGCUGAAAAAGCUGGCGAUGGAGCGAGAGGCGCGUGAAAAAGGGCGAAAGGAGGAGGCAGAAGCCGCGCGGCUGCUAGAGCGACACAAGAAGUUAGAGGCAAAGAAAGCUCGAAAACAAGAUCAAAAGAAAGCAACCACGGGCAAAACGGAGGACGAGGAGAACGAUUUCGACACAGUUCUGAAUGAAUUUGUAGAGAAAUUUCCGCGAGGAAAGUGUACGACAUGUCGCGUCAGUGUGAAACACCUAAGCGAGGAAUUCACGACCUGCGAAUACUGUCGCCGAACCUACUGUUUUCAGCAUCUGCAAGCGGAGUGCCACGGUUGUGGCGACGCGGCACGUAAGAAAGAGCGCGGGGACAAAGCGAAGCGAAAAGAGCUCGUGGCGGGUGAUACCACAGGUUUUGGCGCGAAGCUGAACGACGCGCAGCAUCGUCGCGCUCAUAACGCUCUUUCAGAAAAACUGAAAGAGGCUGAAAAAGCACGUUCCAAGAAACAGUCCUAGCACGCAUCGCUACAUUGUUUUGCCUGCGCAGCCUGUUUCAAUUGACUGACUAUUCUAAUCUCCCCAACAUUAUUUUCCAACUUGUUUUUCUAGCAUAGCAGUUUAGCGCAAUAAAUCCACAGAAUUUAGUACUUAGCUAAAGCACCCUUGGCUUCCG